AAAUCUGAAAUCGAUGAUGGUAAUAAUGGCACAGGAGUCUCCGCAAAACGCUGCACAAACCAGACCGAAGAAAGUGCAAAAUGACUGCUUGCUCUGUGGCAGGGAAUUCUAUCCCUCCAAAAGUAACAAGCACCGGCUGUUUCACGGACACAAGUCUGAAAACAAAACGGAGUACGCGGUCGUGUUGGAGGAAUUAGUUGGCAAACUUCAGGACACGACUCUGGCCGUCUGUGGCAUAUGCAGGACUCUGCUGCUGAGGUACGAUCGGGUGUCCAAAGACGCAGAACGGAUAAAGUGGCUUAUUAAAGAUACGUGGAGGAAGAUGAGAGAGAAACGAUGCGCGGAGUCGACGCCUUCGAUGGAGGUGAAGAGGAGAAGAGAAGUGAUGGACACAGCAGCAAGUGAUGAAGAUGAUGACCAAAACACUACACCCAGCUCCCUGCAGUUCACUGACAGCGCUGCAGCUAAGGAGAAACUCAAAACUGCGUUGAAACCAUUGCAGGCGAAGUUGAAAAUACUUCAGGACUUCCAAAAGACUUCGCUUCAAACCGCAGAACAUAUUAAGUUUCAGGCUCAGUACACAGAGGGACGGAUCAAGGAUGAGUUUGUCAAACUUCGCCAAAGUUUGAGCAACGAUGAAGCAGCCAGGAAAAAAGCGCUGAGAGAGGAAGAAGAGCAAAAGAGCCAGACACUGAGGAAGAAGAUUGAGAGGAUGAGCAAAGAGAUGUCCUCUCUUUCUGCCACAAUCAUAGCUACAGAGGAGGAGAUGAAAGCUGAAGGUGCCUUAUUCCUACAGAACUAUGAUGCCACGCUGAAAAGAGUUUCCCAGUGUAAAGCACCGGAUCCGGAGGACAUUUCUGGAGUUCUGAUCAACGUGCCGAAACACCUGAGCAACCUGAAGUUCACUGUGUUACAGAAGAUGCAGAAAGCUGUUGAUUACACUCCCGUGACCUUUGACCCCAACAGCGCUCACUGUAAUCUCAUCGUGUCUGAGGAUCUGACCAGUGUGAGAUACAGCGAUGAGGAACAGACUCUUCCUGACAAUCCGGAGCGCUUCGACAUGUUUGCGUGUGUUCUGGGCUCAGAGGGCUUUGACUCUGGCUCUCGCUGCUGGGACGUCGAGGUCGGAGACAGUACAGGCUGGUUCCUCGGAGUGAUGAGCGAAUCUGCUCAGAGGAGGAAUAAAAUCUUCUCAAGGAGUGGAAUCUGGCUGGUGGGUCAUUUCUGUGGUGAAUAUAAAGCACACGAACCUCCACGAUCUCCAGCUCUCCUCCCGGUGAAAGAGAAACUGCAGAGGAUCAGAGUUCAGCUGCACUGGGACACUGGAAAGCUGUCCUUCUCUGACCCUCUUACUGACACACACAUACACUCUUUCACACACACCUUCACUGAGACAUUAUUUCCGUUUUUCGGUGUUGGCUGUGACAUUUCUCCUCUGCUCAUCUUACCUGUAAAUUCUUCAGUAAAAAAAGAUUCACUGUAG